AACAUUAUUCACUGAACAACAGUUGGGCGAGCCACCGGAGAAUCCACCAAUGGAGGUUUGGAGAGGCAAAGCUGGUGCAGCCAUGAAUCUGGCUUUUGUUGCUGCUGUGUUGGCUACAAUUGUGAAAGCCUCUGUAGGGCAAGGGCUGGUCCCUGGUGUCAUGAUCUUUGGAGACUCCGUCGUCGAUGCUGGUAACAACAACAACCUCGCCACUCUUGUCAGGGCCAACUUCCCCCCUUAUGGAAGAGAUUUUACCCAGCACACGCCAACGGGAAGGUUUUGCAAUGGCAAGCUUGCAACUGACUUCACCGUUGAGAACCUCGGAUUCACUUCGUAUCCACCAGCCUACCUCAGCAAUGAAGCUACAGGAAACAAUAUCUUGAAUGGUGCCAACUUUGCCUCUGCUGCGUCUGGAUACUUGAACAGCACUGCAAACCUUUAUCAAGCAAUCCCUCUAACCCAGCAGGUGCAGUACUACAAGGAAUACCAGUCCAAGGUGGAAAAAAUUGCCGGGAGAGAAAGAGCAAGAUCCCUCUUCAGCGGUUCCAUCUACAUUCUCAGCUCUGGAAAUAGUGAUUACAUCCAGAACUACUACAUAAAUCCUUUGCUCGGUGGAACCUACACCCCUGAUCAGUUCUCUGACUUGCUGGUGCAAUCUUUUACCAGUUUCAUUCAGAGUGUGUACAAUUUAGGAGCACGUAGGGUCGGUGUGACAUCUCUACCACCAAUGGGUUGCCUUCCAGCAGCAAUUACUUUGUUUGGUGGUGGCAAUAAUGGCUGCGUGACACGACUCAAUAACGAUGCAGUUGCUUUCAACAAGAAGAUCAACAUGGCCGCUGAAUCUCUGAAAAGAAGUCAUGGUGAUCUGAGGCUAGUCAUCUUUGACAUCUAUAAGCCUCUCCUGGACUUGAUCAACAAUCCUGGGAACAGUGGUUUCUUUGAGUCAAGGAGAGCUUGCUGUGGCACAGGGACAAUUGAGACAUCACUUCUUUGCAAUACAAGAGCACCAGGGACAUGCAGCAAUGCCACUGGCUAUGUGUUUUGGGAUAGUUUCCAUCCCUCAGAGGCUGCUAAUAGGGUCUUGUCUGAUGCUCUACUGCUCCAAGGCAUUGAUCUCAUCUCAUAAGAAAUGCAUGCAAGCUUUUCGCUUCUAUCAAGAAUCUACUUCUAGUUUCUAGUGAAGCUCAUCCAGAACUACUCAAUUUAGCUUUCUUGUAGCAUUGUUUGUUGAAGUGGUCGUCUUAACCACUAUUCUCAGAGAUAUUCAGCUUUAUCAGAGCUUUGUUGUGUUUGUCUUAGAAGGUGGUUAGCUUGACCGCUAUUAUUAGAUUUGAGCUACUAUUGCUUGCUAGUCUAAUGAUUUUGCUGGUCAAUAUAUGCCAACCAUCAUAAUCAACUUGGGUUUAAUUCCCACAAGGCAAGAACAAGCUCUUGUACUAGCCAAAUAAUCAAAACUUGUCUGUUUCCACA